AUGGCCCAGCGACGACUCGCGCGGCGAACAGCAUCCCUAAUUCAGCUAUCUCAGAACUUUCGCACACAAGGCACUUUCACAAAUUCUGGAGUAGGGAGACGGUGUCUGGGAAUACCAAGUGAGCCACCUCGGCAUCAGCGAUCCUUUGACGAACAAACCGUGAGGCCAUUUUCCGACUUUCUCACCGACAAAUUUCAUCGUCAACAUGAUUAUCUACGGAUCAGCGUAACGGAGCGGUGUAAUUUGCGGUGUCUGUACUGCAUGCCCGAGGAAGGCAUAGACCUAUCGCCACAGCCCCAGCUGUUGACAUCACCAGAAAUUGUUUACUUAUCAUCACUCUUCGUCUCUCAGGGCGUUACAAAGAUCCGUCUGACGGGCGGGGAGCCAACCGUACGGAAGGACAUUGUCCCCUUGAUGCAAGAAAUCGGCAAGCUACGGCAGGACGGGCUACGGGAGCUUUGUCUCACCACAAACGGGAUUUCUCUACACCGAAAGCUAGACCAGAUGGUAGAAGCAGGCCUAACAGGCGUGAAUCUGAGCCUAGACACUCUAGAUCCAUUCCAGUUUCAGAUUAUGACCCGACGGAGUGGAUUUGAGGCAGUGAUGAAGAGUAUAGAUCGUAUUCUGGAGAUGAAUCAGGUCAGCGCUAGCAUCAAGCUAAAGAUCAACUGCGUUGUGAUGCGCGGCUUGAACGAUCGCGAGAUCAUCCCAUUUGUCGAGCUAUGUCGCGAGAAGCCUAUCGAGGUACGCUUUAUCGAGUAUAUGCCCUUCGAUGGGAAUAAGUGGAAUAAGGGCAAGAUGUUCUCAUACCAGGAGAUGCUGGCGGUGAUCCGAGAGAAAUAUCCGACGUUGGUGAAGCUCGACGAUCAUAAAAAUGAUACUAGCAAGACAUAUCAAGUACCUGGAUUUAAAGGCCAUAUCGGAUUCAUUACGAGCAUGACGCACAAUUUCUGCGGCACCUGCAAUCGGCUCCGAAUCACGAGUGACGGCAAUUUGAAAGUAUGUCUUUUUGGCAAUUCGGAGGUUUCGCUGCGAGAUAUCAUUCGAAAGGAGAAUCAUGGGCAGCCUAUCGACGAGGAAGCCUUAAAAAGACCAGGUCUCCUAGAUACUAUACAUACCGCUGCUCGUCGCGGUGACAAUAGGGCCCUGCCUAGUGAACGAGAGCGUGAGAUCCUGGAUAUCAUCGGCAUGGCCGUGAAGCGCAAGAAGGCGAAACAUGCCGGCAUGGAUGAGCUGAAGAACAUGAAGAACCGUCCCAUGAUUCUCAUUGGCGGGUAA